GCACCGCGGCAACCGACGACGGGCCGCACGUGCCGGGGAGGCGGUGGUGACGCACUGGGGCGGCCGGCCGACCUGAGCAAGGAGGCAAAGAUAUUUUUUCUUCUCCUCUUCCUCACCGGCAAGCCGGCAACCCCUGCCCCUGCGCGCAAGUAAAACGAAUUUUUACUGACGGGGUUGGCGCCGUCACCGGGGAGUAUAAAACCGGAGGCCCCGGCGAGGCCACCGGUCCCGAGGGGAGGAGGCUGUACCGCACUUAAAUGCGAGCGUAACCAACUACCGUCCCCCCGUACCGGCGAGGAACAACAGACACAGAGGAGGAAGGAGGAGGAGGCGAAGCGGAAAUGGGGCUCCGCCACCGCGCCUCCUCGCUCCUGCUGCUAUCCCUGGCUCUCGGACUCGCCGUCGCGCUCGUCUCAGUGUCGGCGCAGCAGAAGUUCGGGAUCAACUACGGGCAGAUCGCCAACGACCUGCCGGACCCGACGCGGGUGGCGGGGCUCCUCCAGUCGAUGAACGUGAACAAGGUGAAGCUCUACGACGCGGACCCCAGGGUGCUGACGGCCUUCGCCAACACCGGCGUCGAGUUCAUCAUCGCCGUGGGCAACGAGAACCUGCAGACCAUGGCCGCCAGCCCCGCCGCGGCGCGCCAGUGGGUGGCCACGCACGUGCAGCCCUACAUCCCGGCCACGCGCAUCACCUGCGUCACCGUCGGCAACGAGGUCUUCUCCAGCAACGACACCGUCAUGAUGUCCAGCCUCCUCCCCGCCAUGAAGGCCGUCUACGCCGCGCUCGGCGGCCUGGGCCUCGGCAGCCAGGUCACCGUGUCGUCGGCGCACUCCGUGAACGUGCUCGCCACCAGCUUCCCGCCGUCGUCGGGCGCGUUCCGGGAGGACCUCGCCGAGUACAUCCAGCCGAUCCUGGACUUCCACGGCCAGACGGGCUCGCCGUUCCUCAUCAACGCGUACCCGUUCUUCGCCUACAAGGCCAACCCCGGCAGCGUGUCGCUGCCGUACGUGCUGUUCGAGCCCAACCCGGGCGUGCGCGACCCCAACACCAACCUCAGCUACGACAACAUGCUCUACGCCCAGAUCGACGCCGUGUACGCGGCGAUGAAGGCCAUGGGGCACACGGACGUGGGCGUGAGGAUCUCGGAGACCGGGUGGCCGUCCAAGGGCGACGAGGACGAGACCGGCGCCACCGUGCAGAACGCCGCGGCGUACAACGGGAACCUGAUGCAGAGGAUCGCCAUGAGCCAGGGGACGCCGCUCAAGCCCAACGUGCCCAUCGACGUCUACGUGUUCGCGCUAUUCAACGAGGACAUGAAGCCGGGGCCGACGUCCGAACGGAACUACGGGCUGUUCUACCCCAACGGCUCGCCGGUGUACGCGAUCACCGCCGGCUCCGGCUCCGGCUCCGGCUCCGACGGCGGGUCGGGUCCGGGCGGGCCGCUGAACCCGUACUACACGUCCAUGUUCUCCUCCUCGUCCAAGUUGGCGAUAACGUUUCCGACGGGGGUGGUUGUCCUGCUCGCCGCAUUAUUCCUCUGAGCUUCCUCCACACGUACCACCCAGAGGGAAAGGCUCGCAGAUCAUUGGCGGCUUCCCUUCCGACUGACGCAAUCCGGCCUGCCUGAGUUGUCAUCGCCACCCAUCGCAGCCGGCGGCAGGUGCGUUGAGGGUGGACACUAGCCCGCACUGACCGUGGAGGAAGGGUGCUAGAUAGAUGAGUCAGAUGUAGUAGCUAGCUUCAGCUUGCCCAUGUACUUGUUAUUGCUAAUGAUCAGCCGGUCGAGUCACUUUGAAGCAUGGAAGGACAAGAUGGACUGCGGAAAGAAGUGGCUGUACCUGUACGUAUCUGGUGGUUUUGCAGCGGCAAGCACAUGAAUUGUUACAUCCGUUCACUUCUAUUGUUCUUUGUCGAGGUUAUUGUGUUUAUUCAAUUCUAUUAUUGUCGUGAGGUUACGCAUUUAUUCACCACGGAAUUGAUAGAUGAUUUCACACUGAUUCUUAUAGUUACAUAUGGACUGUGGAGAGCAUAUACAGUUUGCCUUGGUCAAUAUCACAGGCUCAUUUUGGGCCCAAA